AUGUCCGAGGUCGCUCAAGAUACCGUCGCCGUCGAGCAGGAGAAGGUCGCCGCUCAGUCCGAGGAAAAGGAAGUCGAGCUCGUUGAGAAGAGCGAUGCCGCUGCUGCCGAUGAGCCAGCCGAGAAGAACGGCGAUGAGAAGGCCGAUGACGAAGAGGAUGAGGCCGCUGACGACGACGAUGAUGAGAAGAAGAACGGCGUCGACGCCGAGAAGGCCGCCGAGGCUCCAGCUGCGCAGAACGGCGAGGCCAAGGACACCAACGGAAAUGACCGCAAGCGGGUUUCCAGCGCUGGCGAUGCCGCUGUCAAUGAGGAGGACGAGGAGGCUACUACGAAGAAGGCCAAGGUCGAUGAGGCCGCCGCCGCUGACGAUGCUGCCGGAGACGCUCCGGUUGCCGCCGCUUCCGAAUAA